UUUGAAGACUCUAGAAGGAGAUCUGGCUGCAGAGCAGUUCUUGGCCAGGCUGACUGAGAGGUUCGUGCUGGGCGUGGACCUGUUUCUGGAAACACUGUGGAAACUGUGGAUGGAGCUCUUGGAUGUCCUUGGACUGGAUGUCUCCGCCAUCUCCCAGUAUUUCAGCCCCGCCUCGGUGGCCAGCAGCCCGGCCCGCGCGCUCAUGCUGGUGGCAGUCGUCACGCUGGCCUACUGGUUCCUGUCCCUGACCUUGGGCUUCACCUUCGGCAUCCUGCACGUGGUCUUCGGCCGCUUCUUCUGGGUCGCGCGGGUCGUCCUGUUCUCCAUGUCCUGCGUGUACAUCCUGCACAAGUACGAGGGGGAGCCGGAGGCCGCGGCCCUGCCCCUGUGCUUCGUGGUGGCCGUCUACUUCAUGACCGGGCCCGUGGGCUCCUGCUGGCGGGGCGGCUCGGGCGGCCCCAGCGUGGACGAGAAGCUGGACCGCCUGGAGAACCAGGUCCGGCAGCUCAACGUCCGCCUGGGCCGCGUGCUGGAGAGCCUCGACCACGCCAACGGCAAGUGACAACCAGCCGGCCGGCCGGGGCCCGGGGCGCCAGCUCCCCCUCUCAGGAAGCAGAAGCGGCGGCGAAGGAAGCGGGGGGCGCACCCCAAGCAGUCGUAAUAAACGCUCCCUGCCUCGGUGAGGGUGUCUCGGCCCCGUGCUGACUCGUAGGGCUCGGCCCCGGAGGGAGGGACCAGCUCA